AUGAGUGCUAAAAAGCUGAGAUCAGCGAAGCUUCAAGAAAUUAUACCAGGACUUUUUCUUGGGCCGUUUUCAUGUGCCAGUAAAACUAAGUUACCUUUGUUGGAAGCAGCUGGCAUCACUCAUAUUGUUUGCGUAAGGCAUGAGUUAGAAGCAGAAUUUAUUCAACCCAACUUUCCUGAAAAAUUUGUGUAUUCUGUUAUUGACAUUGCUGAUGCUUUGACAACUAAUAUUAUUCCAUUUUUACCACAGGUUAAGCACUUCAUUGAUAGCUGUUUCAAGCAUGGAGGUAAAGUUCUAGUCCAUGGUAAUACUGGCAUAUCUAGAAGUGCUGCACUAGUCAUUGGUUAUGUUAUGGAAACAAAAAGCUUACCGUACAAUGAUGCUUUUACUUUGGUUCAGACGAAAAGGGUUUGUGUCCGUCCAAAUGAAGGUUUUAUGCAGCAGCUAAAGGAAUAUGAACCUAUCUACAAAGCUCAAAGGACGUUACUAAAUGGUCAUACAUCUAAAGUGACUGGUGAGUGUAAUAGUGUUUAGUUUUGCAAACUAUCUCCAUCGCUAACUUAAUAUC